AUGGGAGGAGGCGCAAGGUGGCAGGGCCAAGCCACCGGGGAGUGCAGGCAGCGCCGAGGCUGCGGCCGCAGCUCCUCUCACAGGGAAGGCGGAGGGCCUGCGGCCGGCCGUGCCCGCCGUGGUGCGAGCCCGUGGCAGCGCAGCGCGUGGCUGCCGGGGCCAUGCGUGCUGCGGGGCUGCAGGCGUGAGCAGGAGAGCGUGGUGCGUGUGCACGUGUCCGGCUGUGUGUGCGUGGGGGAGUCCCGCAGCUGCCCGGCGUGGUGGCGAGGCGCUGCCAUCGCGGGGGCUGCGUGGCUGGAACUGCCGGCUGCUCAGCACGGCUUCCCGGGGUACCCGUGUUGCAUCACCGAAACUCCCGCCUUCCUCUACCUCCAACAGCCGCGGGGCCUCUCCGGCACCAGCCCCGUGGCACCGCAGACAGACGAGGCGGCACAGACAGACAGCCAGCAGCUACACUCCUCAGACAACACAGACAAGCAGCAGCCCAAGAGGUUACACGUCUCCAACAUCCCCUUCCGAUUCCGGGACCCUGACCUGCGGCAAAUGUUCGGGCAAUUCGGGAAGAUCCUGGAUGUGGAGAUCAUUUUCAAUGAGCGAGGCUCCAAGGGUUUUGGGUUUGUAACUUUUGAAACUAGCACAGAUGCCGACCGGGCACGGGAGAAGCUGAAUGGCACCAUCGUAGAGGGCCGGAAGAUUGAGGUGAACAACGCCACGGCCCGGGUCAUGACGAACAAGAAGGCUGCCAACCCCUACACCAAUGGCUGGAAGCUGAACCCGGUGGUGGGAGCGGUCUACGGCCCCGAGUUCUACGCAGUAACGGGGUUCCCGUACCCCGCCACGGGGACGGCCGUGGCCUACCGAGGGGCACACUUACGGGGACGAGGACGCGCCGUCUACAACACCUUCCGGGCUGCUCCGCCACCGCCACCCAUCCCCACCUACGGCGCGGUCGUCUACCAGGACGGGUUCUACGGAGCCGAGAUCUACGGGGGCUACGCCGCCUACAGAUACGCCCAGCCCGCAGCAGCAGCAGCAGCGUACAGCGACAGUUAUGGCAGAGUGUAUGCAGCGGCAGACCCGUACCACCACACCAUCGGCCCUGCCGCCACGUACAGCAUCGGCACCAUGUGAAACCGCGGCCGUUUCCUUCUGGGACCAGGAAGGGCAAAAAAAUCCACACACACACAAAAAAAU